AUGAACGAUGACGGCGAAGGCCCAGAAGUUAAGGCUACCACUGAAGCAUCCCCAGCGUCAUCGCUGGCCUUUUUUUCAAGGGAAAAAGUGGCCAAGGCGGGCAGCUGCUCAGGGAUGCGACAGCGGUAGCUCUAAAGAAGGAACAGCGGAGGAAACAACCGCUACACAAUCGCCAGAAGAAGCAGUGUUCCAUACAUUGUUCUUACCUACCGCGUUACCCUCGAGAGGAGACGCGGAACCCGCGGGAGGACAAUUUUGGGAAUUUCUGUCCACUUUUCUAGUGCAGAAAAGAGAGGAGGUCAAUAGCUGGGGCGAAGGAAAAGGUCGCGGAAGUAUACUGACGGGG